AUGUACUCGGUGUCGAAGCUCGUCGACUAUCCCGACAAAACUCCUCAAUUUGACAGUAUUUUCAAGGCCUUCGCAGCUAUUAAUAACAACACUCAAAGUGAAGAUUGCUUGACUCUGAAUGUUUGGUCAAAGCCGGACCUAAAUCAACUCAAGCCUGUUUAUGUCCAUUUCUAUGGUGGUAGAUGGACAAGUGGUACAACCGAUACUCCUUUUUAUUAUGGAGGCAGAUUUGCUGAUGCAGAGGAUGUAAUCGUUGUGACGGUAAACUCACGCAUGAACAUCUUCGGGUUUCCUGGUCUGCCUGGACACCCCCCUAACCUUGGUCUACUAGACCAACGCUCAGCUGUUGAAUGGGUGAAGCAAAAUAUCCAUGGAUUUGGGGGCGACCCAGACCGAAUUACUAUAUCUGGCCAGUCCUGCGGAAGUGCUUCUGUUGAUUAUUGGGCAUACGCCUACCAGUCCGAGCCCCUAGUUUCCGGGUUGAUCUCGCAUUCUGGCACAGCCCUCAGCUUCCCAACAAACAAUAGGACAACCGCAGAAAAGCAUUGGUAUAAUGUCUCUGCCCAGUUAGGCUGUGGGUCUUCAGGAGAUGUUCUACCGUGCAUGAGAAAGCAGAAUGCGAGUGCCAUUCUCGCCGCUGCUAGUGCAGUGAAGGUACCGACGACAAACCCUGCAAGGAAAUCCCCCGCUUUCCAGCCCACUGUGGACGGCGUAACUGUUUUUGAGAAUUACACUCUUCUCUCGCAGCAAGGAAAAUUUGCCCGCAUCCCCUACUUGGUCGGGCACAACGCCAAUGAAGCGGGAUUCUACAAGAUUGCGAGCUAUGCCCAGGGAUCUACGUUGACAGACAAGCAGUGGGACGACUUUAAUAUGCAAACGUUUUUCUGUCCAUCCAGUCUCGAAGCAGCACACCGAAGCCGCCGACAUACACCAGUUUGGCGAUUUCAAUAUAACGCGGAUUGGGAUAAUACCCGCCUUUACCCCAGUAGCGGAGCAUACCACGGGGUCGAGUUCAAUAUGAUCUUUGGAGAAUCUGCUGAGAUUACUGGGAUUGCUGAGUCUGAGGCGCAGCGCCAGCUGCAGGAUCAGAUGCGUUCGGCUUGGGGCUCAUUCAUUACUGAUCCUCAACACGGACUAAAAGCCCUGGGAUGGCCAAGUUAUAAUCCAGAAGCUUCAACCCUUGCUGAAAUCGGUCUCGAUAAUCAUCCCAGCGUGUCUUUUGUAGGCACGAAAGAUUCUGCUCAACGGUGUGCAGAUUUGCUGGCGCAAAUAUGA